UAUCUCUCUCUCUCUCUCCCUCUCCUUUUCUCUUCCAUAGUUAAAUUCUACAGUUUUAAACUCUUUGGAGAUCCAAGAAACUAAACUGAUGGUGAAGUUAACGCAGAGAUUGGGUGGGUUGGUACUGCGAUUUGCGGCAUUUUGUGCCGCGUUAGGAGCGGUUAUCGCAAUGAUCACCAGCCGUGAAAGAUCUUCCUUCUUUGUCAUCUCCCUAGUGGCUAAGUAUAGCGAUUUGGCUGCGUUUAAGUACUUUGUGAUCGCAAAUGCGAUUGUGACCGUUUAUAGCUUUCUCGUUCUGUUUCUUCCAAAGGAGAGUUUAUUAUGGAAGUUCGUAGUUGUGUUGGACCUGAUGGUGACAAUGCUGCUGACGUCAAGCUUAUCAGCGGCAGUGGCAGUGGCCCAAGUGGGAAAAAGAGGAAACGCAAACGCAGGAUGGUUGCCAAUAUGCGGUCAAGUUCCGAGAUUUUGCGAUCAGAUAACCGGAGCUCUAAUCGCCGGUUUAGUUGCAUUGGUUCUCUACGUUUUCUUGCUCAUCUUCUCUAUCCACCAUGUUGUUGAUCCUUUUCUUCUUCGAAAAUCAUGAAUCAAAGUAAUAUAAAAUUUAAGGCUAAAUAUUCAUGGAACCACAUGUGUUUUUGUGAUUUUAGUGUUGUUCAUUUAAAAUUAAGUCACGUGUCAUAAUUUCAUAUGGUUAAUCAUAUCAUCAUUAAUUAAUAAAUAAUACUAUCUUUUCUAUAGAUAAGAUUAUAUUUAAAGUUAUGUUACUAGAUAAGAUUAAACUGACAAUAUAUUACAUGAAAUUAUGACACGUGGAUUUUUAUUAGUGUAGUAGAUAGA